UUGCAUCCGAAGAAGAAGUGAAGCCAGUUCGUCAGUUCAGUCGACUUGUCCGGGUGCCUCCGUAGUCAGUCACCAUCAGUCACGAAGGGCAGUAGAGGAGCCUCUCUUUUGCAAAACAGCAAAAAUUAAUUUGAUAUUUUUCUGUGUGUACGAAUACAACGCAUACAUCCGCCAUCGUCGUGUAAAUAAUUGUCCUUAGGAGAGCGAGAGGACCGCGAGAAAGGCCGAGAAGUCGCGACGAGGACUUGUGAGACUUGCACAAACAAUCCUUCCUCUUCCUCCUCCUCUUCUCUUUUAUUCUUAUUAUUUGCUGCGAGAGAGACAAAGAAAGGCCGCCGGAGGAACCAUGAGCUUUCUGUUCGGAAGAAGCUCGUCCAAGACGUUCAAGCCUAAGAAAAACAUCCCGGAGGGCUCGCACCAGUAUGAGCUGUUGAAACACGCCGAGGCCACGCUAGGGAGCGGCAACCUGCGCAUGGCCGUCAUGUUGCCCGAGGGUGAAGACCUCAACGAGUGGGUCGCUGUCAACACUGUGGACUUCUUCAACCAGAUCAACAUGCUGUACGGAACCAUCACAGACUUUUGCACGGAGGAGAGCUGCCCUGUCAUGUCUGCCGGCCCCAAGUACGAGUAUCACUGGGCGGACGGCACCAACAUCAAGAAGCCCAUCAAGUGCUCGGCGCCCAAGUACAUCGAUUACUUGAUGACCUGGGUGCAGGACCAGCUGGACGACGAAACGCUUUUCCCUUCUAAGAUCGGCGUCCCGUUCAAGCGGAACUUCAUGUCGGUGGCCAAGACCAUCCUGAAGCGUUUGUUCCGCGUCUACGCGCACAUCUACCACCAGCACUUUGACUCGGUCAUGCAGCUGCAGGAGGAGGCCCACCUCAACACCUCCUUCAAACACUUCAUCUUCUUUGUGCAGGAGUUCAACCUGAUCGACAGGAAAGAGCUGGCGCCGCUUCAGGAGCUGAUCGAGAAGCUGACCACUAAGGACAGAUAAACGCCGUCGUCCUUUUUAUCUUUGAAAAGAUCUUCUAGUUUUGCACUGACACCCUCCUCCCCUUCCUCCCCCUCAACUCCCCUCGGCUGUACGUAUGCAGUAGAAACUAUAUUUCCAUUUGGGGAAAUGUUUUUAAAUGAGGCCCGGGCACGGCGGAACGGGUCCGGAUGGGUUUUAAACGCGCCGGGAUUCCCAUCUUAUCAGGAGAGCGGAGUGAAGAGAGACACUGCUCGCUUCGUGCCACGCUUGUUGGUUUGCGGCGUACAAAAAUAGUGCCGAGACGCCAAUCCCCGAGCAGAAAGUAUUCCACUAUUUUCUCUAUUUGCUGCUUUUCUCCGCUAGUAGGAAACGCAUCCCAAGUGCCUGGUCCGGCAACCGCGGCGAGACCUGCGCCCAGGUCCAGAUCCACGCAAAACAUCUGACAAACAUUCGACACUCUGAAUCCGCGCUCACCUCUGGUGGCUGGAUUGAAUCAAGUAAAACGACAUUGCAUGAGCCCUUUUAAAUUCCUGCAUCGGAGGCAUUAACGGUAGAAAUAGGAUCGAUUCGCCUGUGCCUUUUCGGACACGACCCGCCCCGAUGUCGGCAGACGUGAUUUACAAUUAAGUAACCCUAAAGAAGAAAACCGGUGUACUAUAAAAAAUAAUAAUUCUCCAGAAUGAUGGCUUGAAAUUGUGCAGUUAAAGUGGAGGCAGGAACAACGAAGGGCAAAAUGGUGCGGCUUCACUGCACCUCCCUCGGUGUAAGGUUGUCCCCCCCCCCCCCCCCCCCCUCCGACUUUUUGCCUGAAUGUCUACGCUGCGUUCACUCAUCGUCUUUUUUUCCCCUUCCCCCAAACUGAAUGUUUGCCUGUUCUGCUCAUGAGGCACAACCGAAAUAUUUGCUGUUUAGUUUUGCAUGCGCAUCUCCUGCUCUCAAAAGUGUUACUAUGCAAAAGGAAUUGAGGCGUCAAAAAAACAAAGAGGGGGUGGGCGACCCGUUGUCAUGUUCACGCUGGGUAUGGUUGCUUUUUACUUUGACGUUCAGAUUUGGAAAAGAAUGGCUUUGCGUUUGUUUUGAAUUAGUCUUGAGAGAGCCUUUUUUUUUUUAUAUAUAUAUAUAUAAACUGUUUGCCAGAGGUCAUACGACAACGCACAAGAUGUAAAUAAUGAGGUCUAUGAAGGAAUAUUGCAGAAAAACAAAAGGAUACUACAAGAAAUAAGGUAGAAAAAAAGUUGAAAUAUUGCUGUAAGUCAUUUUUAGAGAGUUAUAUGAGGGAAGACACCGCCAUAGUCAUUUAAUAAUAAAUUUGUACCGUUAAUAUAUUCUUUUAUGAGAACAGAGUUGUCAUUUGUAUGGUACAAAAAGUGUAAUAUUGAACAUGUUAAGUCAACAAAAUAUUUGAUGAUACCCGAUGAAUAUAUUUAUUUAUAUUAUUUUAACUUUUUCCUCAUAAUAGUAACCCUCCCUUAUAUUUCAACUUUUUUUCCCAUUAGAUUCAACAUUAGGUUAUGACUAUUUCCACAUUUAAUAUAUCAAUAGAUUUUGGAAAAUAACUUCGCAAUCUUACUUUUCCCUCCUCUUGCAAUAUUUCAAAGUAUCUCUGCCAGAUUUAUUUUUUAAACAUAUAACAUCUUAUUUCUUGUAACCUCCCCUUUUAAUAUUCUAAUAUUCCUUCGUACUUCAACUCUCUUAAAGAGGACUUAAAACAAGCAUGGAGGGUUUAUUUUGUUUUUUUGCGGCAUUUGGAUAUUCAAAUGGUGUUUGCUAGCUUUUGUUGUUUUCUUAGCUCCUGAUUAUGAAUGUGUUCACUCAUGCACUGUUUGGAAAAAAGGUCAUUUUAAGAAAGCCGGAAGCAUCUCCCAGCCUGGUGCGUCAUUUUCCUCCUCCUCCUCCUUGUCUCUCUCGGCUGUAUUCUUUGAGGAACUGUGUGUACAUAAUAGCUCGGUAUGGAUGUUCCAAUGCUGCUCGAGUGAAUUCUGCUGUUUACAAGGCAAAUAAAGGUGGUGUUGACUAUUA